CACUUCCAUCAAAUUGAGAUGUGCGCAAGCGCGGUAUGGGUUGACACUAACAGAAAGCUAGCUAGACGAAGUGAGGCCAUCUGUUAUUUAUAUGGCAGCUAGCUAUCAAGUUUAGAGAUGGCACACUUUUCACUUUCCUACUGUCGUGUAUGAUAUAGCUAGUUAUGUAGUUGCUGUAGCUAGUUAGCGCUUGGUAGUGUGUAACGUCACUGCUGUUGUUUUUUUGUCUGUAGCAAUUGUUUUAGCUAGCUUACGCUUGCUAGUUAACGCGUUAGAGGAAAUGGCAGAGUUUCUGCAAAGAUUUAACGUUUUGAAAUUUGGUUGGCGACUCCUGAAAUCAAGUCACGCAGGAGCAGGCAAACAACUUUAUAUCUCGUAUUUGUCAUCACGGAGUUACAGCAAUGUAAGUCGAAUAUUUCAUUGUUGAUUCUGAUUCGUUUAUAGUUAGCUAGCUAACUAGUUACCAUAAUCAAACUUUGAUUCAAAGUGUGGUCACUCAAUAUUCACAUUCCAGAUAGCUAGCUACAAAUCUCAGUUUCAAACGCACAGUUAUCCAAUCUGGUGACUUUGAUAAUGGCAUUUGCAUGGUAAACCACUGACAUAAUAUUUUCAUCCGAGUUGGCUAGAUUAGCUAGACAGUUUCCCUUGUGUCACCUUUACACUUGCUUGUCCUUAAUGACCCACAGUCCCUGCCAAUACUGUCCUAAAAAUACCACUCCCAACCGGCUGAAACUUGAAAGAGUUGGUUGACAGGGACAGAAUAUAGUACAUGUAAACACACCACUAUGAUACAGUAUGUUCACUGCCUGUCUUUACCUGUCCUUGGCUUGGACAGCCCCCUUACAGAAGGGAACCAGUUCAGGACAUUGCUGUUGCGUAACUGUUGGGCUGGUCACUGUAUCACUGCAGACUAAUCCCACUACUAACCCACCUUAAAGGCCUACCAUAAAGAAAAUGAGGGUGGUCCGGCAUGUAGACCUAAGGCCUACACACAUACAAGGAUGCGAGACCACUACUGUAAACCAUCAAGUCUCAAAGUCCACUAAAGAAAGGCUGCACGUCACACACCAUUCCUAUUUCUCCACAGGGCCACAACUUGUUCGGGCUCCUCUUCGACAUCGAUGGGGUGCUGGUGCGGGGCCGCACACCCAUCCCUGCAGCCAAACAGAUCUUCAGGAACCUGGUGGACAGGAAAGGGAAGUACAAGGUGCCUGUGGUGUUUGUGACCAACGCAGGGAACUCUAUGAGGCAGACCAAAGCUGAACAACUGUCACACCAGCUGGAGGUGGAGGUGAGGGAUGCAUCAUAUUGUCAUAUAGCACCCAACAAUCCUGCACUAACAUCUGGGUCAUAUUGUCAUAUAGCACCCAACAAUCCUGCACUAACAUCUGGGUCAUAUUGUCAUAUAGCACCCAACAAUCCUGCACUAACAUCUGGGUCAUAUUGUCUCACCUGCUGGAGGUUGAGGUCAGGGAUGCGUCUUGGUCAUGUUGUCAUGUCUCACCUACUGGAGGUGGAGGUCAGGGAUGCAUCUUGCAGCCAACAAUCCUGCACUAACUGGUUCUGUGCUUUACUGAUUGUUUUGCUUGUGUUUUCCCCCACAGGUGUCUCCAGACCAGGUGAUGCUGUCCCACAGUCCUUUGCGUAUGUUCAGUCAAUAUCACAACAUGUGUGUGCUGGUGUCAGGUCAGGGCCCAGUGCUGGAAGUGGCUUACAAGUAUCCUUACUAAUCUCCAGGCAGAGCAGUGAUCAUGGGGGUGACUCUCUCCUAGACAUUUUGAAGAGAGAUAGAUGAUCUAUGUAACAGAGCAGCAGUGAUAAUUGGGACGACUGUGAGAUGUCUAGGGAUAUACACAACAUUUCAGUCAUUUUAAAAGUGGUGAAGAGCAGUACACUAUGUAUAGAUUAAGUCUCUAUUGUCCUCUAAAGGGAUGUCCUUUCACAGCCAACUAUGUAAAAUGUACACUGCGAUCAAAACUGAUGUGCAGACUGUAAUACAAUAGAAGACAUCUAUUGGGCAAAAUAGGCACACAUUUGUUUUCCUGAGCCAUUCAGUAGUCCAAGAAAGAUGAGGUCUUUGUCUAGAUUUUGCUUCAACUGUUUGGUAAACAGUAGGACGGUUUAAAGGGGCAAUCUGCAGUUCCAACAAUAACAAAGCAUGAACCCCCCACUGUUGCAGUAAACAGCUGAGGGAUGGGGCUGGAGAAUUGUAACCACUCUCAAAUUCAUAGACAUCGUUUCUGAUGCAAGGACUGACCAUCCAUGAUACAUUGUAGUUUAAACCAUGUUUUGAGGCUUUAGUGAUUGUUUACAAACAGUGGAGUAAAACAAGCCUAUAUUUUGGGUUCUGAUGGGAUACAACAGUUGAACUAAGCUCGUGAGGCAUUUAUAAGUUAUAUUCUUCAAGAAUCAAUGGGUAUAUCAUUAAUUUAAAAGACCAAUAAUUUAAAAGUGCAGAUUGCCCCUUUAAUCCCAGCAUAACCUUUUUAAAUGCUCACUGUUGUGCUGCUCUCCCUCUAUGAAUGUGUUGCAUUGUCUUGCUCUGUUUAAUGUUCUGUUAUUUUCAGUUUGACCUUUAACCUAUCCAACACCAGUCUGGGAUUUCAGAAUGUUGUUACCAUAGACAUGCUGAGGGAUGCCUAUCCUCUCCAGGACAUGGUGGAUCACAACAGAAGACCCAAAGACAUGGUGAGGGUUUAGUUGGGGGAGAAAGGGUGUGACCUGGGUUGUGUUCAGCAGGAACAAACUAAUAAUGGUAUGAAAGAGGAGAAUAGAGAGCUAAAUUAGACCUUUAUGAUGCAUACGUUCUUAUGGAUUUACCGUUCGGAUCUCCAGCAUGUUUACAGAGUGUUGAAUUAUCUUACAGGUUCCACCAAGUAAAGAGUUACCCCCGAUAGAAGGUAAUAUAAAAAUAAAACAUUUUUAAACUUACAGAAGAUUGACUUUUGACUGAUUGACUGUCUUAACUUUGUUUUUUUUUAGCCAUCAUUCUGUUUGGCGAGCCAGUCAGAUGGGAGACCAACCUCCAGCUAAUAAUGGACGUGCUCUUAACCAAUGGGAAGCCUGGGAAUGCCCUGACAACACUGCAGUACCCUCACAUCCCAGUGCUGGCCUGUAACAUGGACCUGAUGUGGGUGGCUGAGGCCAAGAACCCCAGGUGGGAACACAUACUUACACUGAGCAUACCAUCAAGGCGAUUUAGCUCAGUCUCAGUGAACCUGUAGCCAAAUUGUUGAAAACAACUGUAAAUGUCCCUGUUUGCUAGGUUUGGUCAUGGCAUGUUCCUGGUGUGUCUCGAGAGUCUGUAUAAGAAGGUGACUGGCUGUGAGCUGAAGUAUGAAGCUCUGAUCGGAAAGCCCAGUGUGGUGACCUAUAACUACGCUGAGCUGCUCAUCCGACAGCAGGCUGAGAGUCUGGGCUGGACUGAGCCUGUGGAGAGACUCUACGCCAUCGGGUGAGACUGCCUGCCUGGGUUACAUACUGUUUAUGCCAUCGGGUGAGACUGCCUGCCUGGGUUACAUACUGUUUAUGCCAUCGGGUGAGACUGCCUGCCUGGGUUACAUACUGUUUAUGCCAUCGGGUGAGACUGCCUGCCUGGGUUACAUACUGUUUAUGCCAUCGGGUGAGACUGCCUGCCUGGGUUACAUACUGUUUAUGCCAUCGGGUGAGACUGCCUGCCUGGGUCACAUACUGUUUAUGCCAUCGGGUGAGACUGCCUGCCUGGGUUACAUACUGUUUACGCCAUCGGGUGAGACUGCCUGCCUGGGUUACAUACUGUUUACGCCAUCAGGUGAGACUGCCUGCCUGGGUUACAUACUGUUUACACCAUUGGGUGAGACUGCCUGCCUGGGUUACAUACUGUUUACGCCAUUGGGUGAGACUGCCUGCCUGGGUUACAUACUGUUUACGCCAUUGGGUGAGACUGCCUGCCCGGCGUAGAUACUGUUUCAAUCAGGCCUGGGUCACAUCUUUGCAUUCCAACUUGACUAUUUAACUCAAGUUCCUUAACUCUCUGCCUUCCCUCCCGUCUCUCCCUCAGUGACAACCCCAUGGCAGACAUCUACGGCGCCAACCUCUACAACCGCUACCUACAGUCCUGCCACCGCACCCGGGCCCUGAUGCAGCUCAAAGGGGGGGGAGGGGGGGAGCCUCAGAGCCAACCCCUGGAGGACGCCCACGAAAUGACCUGUGCCGAGAUGGGAGGCGUUACAGGGGUGUACGGGGGCGAGGAGCCCCUCCCUAUGGGGUGCAGCUCCAUCCUGGUGUGUACGGGGGUGUACAGCCGGGACCAGCAGGAGCUGCCACCUGACCCCAGGCAUACGGUUACAGAGCAUCAGAUCUUCCACGGUCACAGGGACUUCCGCUUCGACCCCAACCUGACCCAGCCAUCCUUCAUGGUGCAGGAUGUGAAGGAGGCUGUGGAGCUGGUGUUCCAGCAGGAGGGAUGGCCUCUGGAGUAGGAGGGGCCUGAGUCUCAAUACUGUCCUGUCCCGUACCCUGUUCACAGCACUGCCUGCCAAGUAAAUUAACAGCCCCUCAAUGUCUGGGUCUAUAAGGCUGUGUUUACACAGGCAGCACAAUUC